GUGCUAUUAGCCGUUUUAGAUUAUUGUUAAAUUGUUCAGCUUAGGCUUUAUGCGUACGGAUUCAUCCAAUCCAAAAGAAGCAAGAUAUGCCUCAGCAAAAUAAUGAAGACCAGCAGGAAAAUGAAGCAGAACCCAUAAAAUGUUGGAUCUGUCCGGCAAAACAUUUUAGAAGUGAGCAAGACUACGAACGACACACUCAGAACAUCCACAACGGCUACCGCUUCCGCUGCGAAGAGUGUCCAGGGCAGGUCCUUUUUAAGGAUGUCACCGAAGCGCGGCACCACGUGGACGACAAGCACGACAUCAACGCGAGGACAUGCCCGCAUCCUCAUUGUGACGAGCAGUUGACCAACGAAUUCAACCUGGUGCGUCAUUUACGGGAGGUCCACGGGGAGGUGCACCGAUUUCAGUGUGAGCUGUGCGAGGAUGUGGCGUUUGACGAUAGGGAGAGCUAUGAGGAUCAUGUUUAUGAUGAUCACGACGGCUUUCGCGUCAAGUGCCACAUUUGCCACCGGAUGUUGAAAACCAAGCUGAAAACCCACGUCGAGUACAUUCACUCGAGUGGGGCGUCGAAGGCCACGUGCAAGAUUUGCAGCAAGCAGUACAGCAGCAAGUACAAACUGAUGCGUCACAUGAAGAGCCACACGGAUCCGCGGGAUCCGGCGUUGUCGUUCCGCUGCGAACGGUGCGACGAAACGUUCGAAAGUUUGAGCAAGUUGAAUUACCACAAGACGAAGCAUCAAACGAAGGUGUUUCAGUGUGAUAAAUGUUCGAAAAUGUUUUACCGCAAUGCGGCGCUGGUUCAGCACCAGAAGGUUCAUGAAAGUCACGAAUUUGUGUGCCAAAAGUGCCUGAAAAGCUUCGCGAAUGCCGCGGCACUUCGGCGACACGCAGAAUCUCAUGUUAAAGAAAUUACUUUUAAGGCUGAAGGAAAGGUUGUUAAAUGUAAAAUUUGUGAGAAAACAUUUUCGAAUCAAGAUCAACUGAAUCAACAUGUGAUAUCAUACGAAGGAAAGGGUAAAUUAAAAUGUCAUAUUUGUGAUCAAAGUUUCAGAUCCAAGAAGGCCCUUUUAUCUCAUAUGAAAACGAAGGGAAUUCACGAUCACCUGGUAGAAGUUUCAAAAUAAUAAAAUAAUAUUGUAAUAAGAAUGCGAUACAUCACUUUGACAAAAAA